AUGGACAAUCCGGUGGAGGACCCAGCGAGACAGCCGCUGCUUCUCAAUCAAGAGGAGAGCAUCGACUUUGGCGAUGAGCCGCCGGCGGUGAAGGCCCACCGUCACUUUCACCCCGCCACACAGCAAUUCGAAUCACUGGACUAUGAUCCAUACGACUCGAGCGAGACCAUGAAGCACGCCUCGGGCAAGUCCAGCAUGGACAAGCUGAUGGCUGUGCUCUGCCUUUUUGCCGUGGGCGUGGUGACCGCCCUCUGUGCCAUAUUUAUGAUGUUUGCCAUCAAGAGGUGCGUCGACCUGACUGAUUUGGACUUGAUCCCGCGUAUGGGAGGAGGUGGCACGCCAGAGGUUGUCGCCUACCUCAACUGCAUCAACAUGCCCAAGGUGGUCCGACUCAAGACGCUGAUCGGCAAAAUCGUGGGCACCAUUUUGAGCGUCUCUGCCAACAUGGCCAUGGGUCCCGAAGCGCCCAUCAUUCAGGUCGGUGCCAUCAUUGGUGCUGGCCUUCCGCAGGGAAAAGCGUCCUCGUUCAAGCUGGACACCGGCCUCUUUCGAUCCUUCCGAAAUGAUCACGACAAGCUCGAGUUCAUCGCGUGCGGUAUCGCUGCCGGUUUCUCAGCAGCUUUCGGAGCCCCGAUUGCUGGCGUCCUCAUUGUGUUGGAAGAGGGUGCUUCGUUCUGGGACCAAAAUCUCAUCCUGAGGACCUUCGUGUGCGCCCUGGCGGCCAAGUUCACAUUCGCCCUGUUCAUUGCCGGCAUGUUCACCGGCAACCUCGACGCCUGGGGUCUCUUUAAUCUUCCCGGCUUCCUGUUCUUCGGCACCAUGAAGACCACCCUUCAGCGCAUAUCGAUUGCCAACGUCCUCCUGUACAUUCUGGUCGGCGUUCUCUGCGGGUUGGUGGGAGCGGCGUUUAACUACUCGGCAAUGAAGAUCAACGAGUUCCGAACACACUACGUCAACAACCGGAAGUGGCUUCGCGUCGUUGAGGGCCUUUUCAUGAUCUCUCUCACGUCGAUCGUCUUCUUCUUGACCCCUCACUACAUCAAGACCUGCCGUGUGAUCCAACCGGGCGCGGAAGAGAUCAUCAACGCCGAGUUCAGACGAUGGAACUGUCCUGAGGGUCACUACAGCGUGAUGGCUACCCUCUUCCUCAACGGUCUUGAUGACGGCGUCAAACAUCUGUGGUUCAACUACGACCACUUCCCUCUGUGGCAUCUCCUGCUGUUCUGCGUCCUCUGGGGCAUUUUGAUGAACCUCUCCCUGGGCAUCGCCCUCCCCGGCGGCCUGCUCAUCCCGACGCUCCUCGUCGGCGGCGCGCUCGGUCGGUUCGUGGGCCAGAUCGCCGAGCUCCUUCCUUGGGACUUUGACGCCCACCUGUACUCACGCGUGGGCAAAAUGUGCGUGAAGGUGUCACUGGUGGGCUCAGCCGCUUUCCUGUCGGGCACGACACGGCUCACGGUCACGGUCGUCGCCAUCAUCAUCGAGUCGACCAACGAGUUUGUGCACAUUCUGCCGCUUAUCUUUGCCUGCCUCAUCGCCAAGUGGGUCGGCGAUCUGCUGACGGUGUCGCUGAUCGAGGUGAUGAUUGAGGUGAGGGGUGCGCCAUUCCUGGAGUGGUCGCCUCCACACGAAUACGACAAACUGCGGACGUGCGACAUCAUGCAGACCGAGGUCAAGUGCCUCUCCAAGAAGGAAACCAUCCAGAACAUCGAACAGUUGCUGGAGUCGUCGAUCCACAACGCAUUCCCUGUGGUGCGCGUCCGCAACGAGCUGGACAAUCCGCCUCACUCCUUUGGUACGCUGUGCGGCAUCAUCUCGCGCAGGGCCCUCGUCUCGCUGGUCAACAAGACAACCAAACCCACCGCAGCCGAGCUGAAAGUGGGAUCGGCCGACGCGCAACUGCCGCGAGUCGAGUGGAAGGUUGACCUCACGCCACACAUCAAUCGCUGGCCGUACACGUUGGGACCGACCGCGACACUGACCCGAGCCUUCCAGCUCUUCCGUCUCAUGGGCCUGCGCCACUUGAUCAUCACCGACAAGAACAACCGGGUUGUGGGGAUCAUCACACGAAAGGACCUCGUGCAUUGGGAAGUCGAGGACCAUGACACCGAGGACGAGCACGGAGGGUCUGCCGCCGCCGGCGACGCCCAACUUGGCCUCAACGGAGACUACGCGGGCAGCCGGGAAUCUUCCGCGACCCUUCUUUGCUUCACCAUCACCAUCACCAUCACCAUCACCAUCACCAUCACCAUCACCAUCACCAUCACCAUCACCAUCACCAUCACCAUCACCAUCACCAUCACCAUCACCAUCACCAUCACCAUCACCAUCACCAUCACCAUCACCAUCACCAUCACCAUCACCAUCACCAUCACCAUCACCAUCACCACCACCAUAAAGGCACGGACGGCACCCAGCCCGCUGACGCCCUCUUCGCCCAACUCGGCAGCGGCCGCCGUGCCGCCGUCCCUGCCCACCUCCUACGCUCCGGUCCACUUCCUCGGCUCGCGCAUCAACGAGCACUACUUCUCCGACGAAGACGAGGGUGAGAACGCAGAAGACAGCGACGACGAUGAGGAGGAGGAGUCGAGCGACGAUGAAGAGAUCGACCGAACCAUCCAAAAGCAGUACCUCAGAAACCGACCAGGCGCCGCCCACGACGACGACGAUGAUGAUGCGCGUGUGUAA